AUUGCCACAUUAGCCAAUACAUCCGAAAGCUUGGUGUUUAUAAUACUCUCGUUACUCGUCAUUCACUUGUGGUUUAUUAUAAAGGAAUCAAACCCAAUUUUUAAUACCGAAGAGAGGAGUCGUAAAAUUGAAAUUUCAUUGGCAGUUCCGUCUUCAAGAACGGUGAGCACGAGUGAUUUCCCGAUCACCGAAAACGUUUUAUUUUCCAGUGACACUGAUGACACAAAUGAACCUGUUACAAAUAUCGAAAGUGAAGAGGCAAUACGAUCCGAAGAAAGAGAAAUGAGGAGAAUAGAGUCGGAAAAUGCAGAAAGAACGCCAGGUAAUAGACAUUUCAGAAAUGUGAUAUUGGAAUUUUUGACUGUGAUGGAUUUAUUGCGGGAUGUUGUGGAGGCUUUUAUAACUUCUUGUUUGCGCGUUGUAGACGACGUGCUGACGAGAAUGUAUAAUUUCUUACCAAAUGAAGCUUAUAAAACUUUUCUGGUUUAA